AUGCCUUUCUGGCACCCAGGACGCAUCGUGAAAACCACGCAGUUCGAUGCUUUCAUUUGCGCAGUCAUCAUGCUGAACACCCUGGUGAUGGCUUUUGAGUCGCAGUACUUGGGCCUCCAGAGAGGCUACGACUUGGGGUAUCCGCGCUUCACUCUGCCCGCCAGUGAAGAGUGGCCAAUUGCGGAUCUCGCUUUUUUCAUGCUAGAUUGGGUUUUCGGAGUGAUCUACUUCCUGGAGAUUUGCAUCAAGAUUACCGGACUGAAGUGCGCCUUCAUGAAGGAUCCAUGGAACUACUUCGACACUUCCUUGGUGCUGUUCUGGCUGGUGGAGAAAACCUUGAGCGCGUAUGCCACCUUGGACCAGGGACUCUUGCGAGUGCUGCGAAUGGGUCGCGUGUUGCGUCUUUUGCGGCUGGUGAAGACUAUCCAAGGUUUUGAUGCAUUGUAUAUCAUGACGACAGCUAUGCAGGGCAGCGUCACAGUGUUGUUCUGGUCAUUUGUGCUACUCAUGGUGGUGCAGACCCUCAUUGCGUUUACGCUCAACCAAGCCUUGGAUAGCUACUUCAAGGACAAGACUAAGCCUAUCAACGAGCAGCACCAGGUGUUCGAGUAUUUCGGAACCGCAGGGCGUGCUAUGUUCACAAUGUUCGAGCUAACGCUGGCGAAUUGGCCUGUGGCUGCGCGUAUCUUGCAGGAGAAUGUUACGGAAUACUAUGGCAUCUUCUCAGUGGCAUACAAGCUCGUUAUUGGCUUCGCGGCUGUUGGAAUCAUCAAUGCGGUCUUUAUGCAAGAGACCUUCAAAGUGGCAGCAUCGGAUGAUAAGCUUAUGAUGCGUCAGAAGGAGCGAGAUCGAAUGUUGCACACCAAGAAGAUGCGGACAUUGUUUGCCGCUGCCGACGAAUCUGGUGAUGGAGUUCUUGAUCAAGAUGAGUUCAGAGAGAUCAUGAACAGCCCGGAUAUCAGGACGUGGCUCGCAGCACAGGAGCUUCCAGUCCGAGACCCGGACCUCCUAUGGAAGCUUCUUGACGACGGAGAUGCAGAAUUAACUGCUGAUGAGCUGGUCGUAGGAGUGGAGCGGCUAAAAGGCAAUGCCAAAGGCAUUGACCUUGCUGCCUUUAUGAUGGAGACACGCGAGUUUCAGAGCAAGAUUUGCCAGAAGCUCGGAAUUGAGCCGGACCCGAAGGAGGAGGAUGAUGACGAUGAUGACGACUGA